UGCUGUUACGUUAUUUUGCAUUUCAGGGGACGAUAUGUAUUUACACUUGCUAACAUUGUAAAAUAUGUUUUGCAGUUGUUGAAUUUCUAAAAGUACCCUAAUCGAAAUAAUUAAGCACGAUUGAUAAAUAGUAAUAUUAUAAUUUCAAUUCCGAAAGACGAGCUUUACAAUAAUGCUAAAUAUUAAGCUCAAGUUUUACAAUUAAAAAUGUUAAGUACUUUAUAGGCUAAUUUCUCCUAAGAUUUCAUAAUCAAUUCCCACCACAUUUCCUAACAUACUAUAUGUCUGCGAUCAGCUCUUUACGCGAUUUGACUGCUUUCUAGGACGUUAGCCCAUCAAUGCCAUAAGCAUAAUAUCAACGAUAUCGAAACAAUUUAUCAUAUACUAAUUUAUUUCUAUCCUAUUUAAAUAGCGGCAAAAGCCUUUGCUUUUCUUUUAUAUUCUUUGUAUGUAUAUAUCUAUAUAGAUGUGUAUAUAUAUGUGUAUAUAUAUGUAUAUAUUUUUUUUUAUUCUGGUACUACUGGUAGGAUAAAAGUUUAAUGUUAAGGUCAACAUUUUGUGGAAGAUAUUUUGUAAAAUGUAUACUGGAUAGAAAUACUAUAUGAGUUGUUGUGCCACUGUUAAUACAAGCUUCAAGCUCUGCACCUGUAAGGGAUGGUAGGAGUAUUCUAAAAAGGUAUACUGCUGCAACAGUUGCCAUUUUUACCAGUCCUGCUGUGGUUAAAGUAUAAAUUGAUAAACAAGAGCAUUUCAGUUUAUUAAAUCGUCUGUACUUAUACAAACGGCGUACGAUGUUGCAUUCGUGGAAUUAAAUUUGGUAAUCUGGGCACCAACGAUUAGUAAUAGAUUAAAUCGUAGUGAUUUAUGUGGGAAAUAACUGCAAUGACAAAGAUAUCGUGUAUACGCAACGUCAUAGUGAAUGAAAAAAUAUUUUUUAUGAGUGUGCGUUAGUAAGAAUGUUGUGGAAAUUGUCAUGUAAAGUGUAUAUUUUAACAAAAUGUAGGCAUAAAUAACUGUGUUUAGUAGAAUAAAAACUGUUAUUUCACACAUAUGUAUACGUAUGUACGUAAAAAUAAAUAUAUAUACAUAUAUAUAAAGGUUAAAAAUCACAAAGAUUUUUAUCAACAAUUCUGUUCAUAUACAAAAGCUGUUGGCCUUGUUAAUGUGUGAAUGUUACGUCGCUGAUAAAUGUCGUCUGGUGAGUGGAAUUUGUGUGCUCUUAAAGCACUUGAAGAAGAAGAACAGAAAGAAUUUCUUGCACUGAGUCAAAAAAGUCUCUUCGAAUCGGUAUGUUUGCCGACGGGAGAAGAUUUGCUGCAUCAGACUGGAGAUCUUAGCCACAGUAAUUUUCAACCGAAAGUAUCGUAUGCUCAACAGCAUCCACAUCUAUUAAAGUUGCCCACCAUUAACGAAUGUAAUCUCAUUGCAGCGGCUCGAAGACGUCGAUUUCGGUUGUUGCAACAGAGCACAUCAGGUAGUAGCAAAGGAGAACGACAGUUACAAAUUACUCGUGUAUUAUCUCUCUCAGCUCAUUCCUUAACAGAACGCAGCAAUCGAAAUCAGAAAAAUGUUGCCUUAUCAGAAACUAACGACAAAAUGUCCCAAAUUAGUGGGUCAACUCAGUUCUAUAAUGUUUCACCAUUCUACACACCACCCUCCAUAAAACGAUGUGAGACUUCUCACCCCAAGUCCUUCAAGAACUCUCUGCAGGACUUGAAGAAGCAAAAAACGGAUCAUAAAAGGGAUGGGACAAAUAAAUCGCACUCUAAAUAUGGUUCCAACUCUACAGCUGCCUCAGUUCCUGAAGAACGCAAAAAGUUGCAUACCUCUUUGCUUGAAUCUUACACUUCUGAUGAGAACGAUUCAGAGAAGAAUUCUAUUAACAUUGAUCAAUCAGAUCACUGGAUAAAAACAUGUGAAGAUUGUGACGACAGUGCCACUGAGGCAGGUUCGUGCUCCGUGCCUUUGGGUACGGAUUCAGUUGACGCGAUUCGCCUUAUGCUAUCCGCCGCAACUGCAGCUAUCACAUAUACCUCCAAGUCUGAUAACACCCCAGUUUCUGCCUCAAUGUUAACCACAGUUAAAUUAGACGGCCACAGAACUUCUCCACAAACUAACCACAGCAAUAAUCUCCUUAAAUUGUCAUCAUCGUCAGCAGCCGAAUCCACAUAUAAUGGUGUACGAAACGAAACUAAAGAAAAACGAGAACGCAGCUUAACAGAUGAUAGCUAUGUUAAUAAUGAUGUCAGCAAGUGCAACAAUAAGAAGAGUAGACACCCUUUGGUAACUGCCCGUUAUUUAAAUAGUUGUCAUAAGGCCAACUUGUUGGAUGUGAGCAUGGAAUUUAAUGGGUGUUUGCAGGAUAAUAAAGCCGAUAACACGGUAUGGAAGUGUAACGUUAAAACAAGUCCGAUUGCUCAGAGUAUAGAAUUGACCAAACCAGCAAUAAAAAAUGGAUUAGAUAUUUUAUCCAACUUUUCUUGUAACAAAACGGUAUGGAUGAAAUCAAAACCGAUUGUUACAAAUAAACCAAACAAUCAUAUCCAGAACCUACUUUUACAUGCCACCCAUGGAGAGAAUCUCCAUCAUUCAUUAAUACGGUGCAAAGACGUCGUUAAAGAAGAAUCUCUAAAAAAUUAUAAUGAUUGCAAAAACCCACUAUCUAUGGGAAUUUUACCCAUAGCCGAAAGACCCAAUUGGUCAUCUUUUGCACAGUUGCACCACCAAUUUAUCGAUGAUGAACUUGAAGAACAUAUCAAACAAUGCUCAUGUUCAUGCAAUCAUAUGGGUUAUGGAAAUUCUAUGGAUUAUCAGGCCAUUGGCUUUGGUGGCCUACCUGAUGUCACCGAGCACUCCAAUACUCGUCGCACACAUUCCCGCCAAAACUCCAUUUCGAACAGUGAUUCAGGUGGCGAAAUUGCCAAUGCUAAUAAGUCAAAAUCAAACUUGUGUGAUAGCAAAUCGCCGCAAACAGGCCAAACUACCCCCGUCGAGCGUAAAUCAAAAAUAACCCACCAUGCAGCUGCUGCUAGAUGCAGCAGGGCACAUCGCCUCAAACCGCGACGAGGUUCCUGUGCCAUAGUCCUGACUUUUGUUGGCACGAUAUGCUUGCUUACUAUCGGCGCAUUGCUUGCAUACCAACACUUUAUGGCUCCCAGCCGCAAUUCGCAUGCACAAAGACUGAAAAUAGUGCGACGGAUACUAAAAGAAGUGCCGUUGGUGGAUGGCCAUAAUAAUUUUGCAUGGAAUGUCCGAAAAUACGCGCAAAACAGCUUGGAGUUGAUAAGCAUGAGACGCGAUCCUGACGCUGAAGCAUGGACACGACCGACGUGGGCUCAGACGGAUAUUGAAAGGCUUAAGCAAGGACUGGUCGGUGUACAAAUGUGGUCAGCAUAUGUUCCAUGUGAGGCAUUGGGACUGGACGCCGUCCAAGUAGCAAUAGAACAAAUUGACAUUAUCCGUCGCCUGACUGACAUGAAUACCUUGGAUACAAUGUUAGCAAAAUCUUCCAAGGACAUUUUUAUAGCUCGACAGCGUCAUCAGAUGGCUUCGUUAAUUGGCAUCAAAGGUGGUCAUGCCAUCGGCUCCUCUCUUGCCGUUUUAAGAUCAUUCUAUUCAGUUGGCGCACGUGCCCUUAGCCUUACGCAUAAGUGUGAUCUCUCAUGGGCAGGAUCAAGUGCCUCAGAAACAGAAAAUGGUUUAUCCGCGUUUGGCAAGGUAGUCAUUCGAGAAAUGAACCGCUUGGGAAUGAUGGUAGAUUUAUCUUACAGUUCUGCUGCGACAGCCCGCGACGUCUUGCAAAUCACCCGGGCCCCCGUUAUAUUCUCUCACUCCGCUGCACGACAAAUAUGUAACUCCACACAAAAUAUACCCGACGACAUUCUUAGACUAGUGGCAGAUAACGGUGGCCUAAUUAUGGUUAGCUUCGACCCAGAGGACGUGGCUUGCGGUCAACCGGCAUAUCUUGCAGAUGUUAUAAAACAUAUUAAACACAUUCGUGCAAUAGCUGGUGUCCAACAUAUUGGGUUAGGUGCAGGAUAUGAUGGCAUAGAAGAACCACCUAUAGGCCUUGAGGACGUAUCCAAAUACCCAGAUUUGCUGGCGACUCUGCUUCAAGAUCACAAUUGGAGCGAGCAAGACAUUGCAAUGUUAGCUGGAAAAAACUUUCUUCGCAUUUUGGAAACUGUGGAAAAUGUACGAGACUAUUGGAAACGUGCUGACAUUCAACCGCUCGAACAGACUGAACCACAACCGAAACCACAGUGCUCAUACAUGUCUUCGUGACCAUAGCUGCAGACAGUUAGCAAUCCUUGUGCUGCUGUGCACAAAUUUUACCUUAAUGGAUGCAAUCGUAUUAUGUAUACAAUAGAAAGUAUGCGGUCCCAGGUAAAUACUGAUGACUUCAGCAAAAUACAAUUGAUAUAUUAGGUUAUUUAUACAAUUAAACUACCCAUAUUUGUAUAUACAUAUGUAUGUUAAUUAAUGGAACAUUAGCUGCGCAUAUACAUAUGCAUGCUUGUACAGCAAUAAAAAAAUUAUAUGAAGCUGUGUAAAUCGGAGGAUUGUAUUUAAGGAAAUAUUUGUUGUGAAAAUGGAGUCUGCCAAGGAAAUUUAACUUAACAUAAUAUACAAAAAAAUAGAAAAUUAAUAAUACUAAUAAUAUUGGAUAGAAGAGUGAAUUAAUAAGUUUACAUCGGAGCACAAAUUACAAGCAUAUCUAUUCAAAUAAUUUCUUUGGUGUACAUUCGGUUGUUAUGUUUUUCUGUUUUUAGGAAAGAAUGUCAGAUUUUUCGAGAGGCUAAAAAUAAUUUUGGAAUAUAUGAGACUAUAAAAAUUAACAAUUUCAAACUAAAACACACAUUUAUACUCUACCUAACUAAAAUAUUUAUAUGUAGUAAAAUAUAUAAUUUAAAUUUUCUACAUAAGCACAGGUAAAUAAAUGUGCCAAUAUUUGCAUAUGUAGUUUGUUAGAGACUAUUGAGAUUGCCAGUUGUAACAUUAUUUUUAUUGUUACUAAGACAAUCCUUGCCACAAGUAGAUAACAUAAAGAUCUGAAUAACAAACGCAUAUACAUACACUUUAAUUCUUAAAAUCAUUUCCAAAAGUUAUGUGGUGUCCUUACAAAAAAAAAAAAAGUUUAACUAUUGAAUUAUUUUAGAUCGGUUUGGAUAAUUCAUUCUCAUCUACUUGCAAUACUUCUUAUUUGUACUACAAUGAAUAUUGUAUGUGUAGAGAAAAAAAAACAAUAGUGAAACAAAUUGUAUUCCGUUACAAAUAUUAGAAUUAGACACACGUACAGUGAUGUAUUUAAAAAAAUAUGUUACAAAAUAUCAAUAUAACUAAUCACUUAAUUACAUCGAAACGAUUUUAAAUAUAUACACAUGAAUAAAAAAAAUAUAUGAUAUACAAGUUGCUAAAAGAGA